UUUUAGCUUAAAACUUCUGUCUAGCCUGGCAGAAGUUUGAGAGGGCAAAGACUGUGGCGCCGGAGUUGAAGCCCAUCAAAGUAGUUUCACCAUGGCACAUGAUCGGGCAAGGCAGCUCUAACCAACAUCUCCAAUCUUGUCUCAUUGAUUGGACUCCAGGUUAGUCAUUAACCUAGAGGUUCACAUACUUUUUCCAACCUACACUGAAUGUUUUUCAAUUAUGUAUUCAAUGUAGAGAAGAAAAAUGCAAUAAUUUGUGUGUUAUUAGUUUAAGCACACUAUGUUUGUCUAUUUUUGUGACCUAGAUGAAGAUCAGAUCAAAUUUGAUGACCAAUUUAUGCAGAAAUCCAGGUCAGUUAGGAUCACCACAGCGCCCUCCCACACCUGGAUCUUUCCUGCGCCAACAAGGGGUUGCCGACCUGAUUGCAUUAACUGAACCUGUCCUGCUGGAUCAAAGCCCAGUGGACACUUCAACACAGAUAUGGACACGGCCCCUCUCCCCCGAAGACCUCCUAACACAGAUGCAGCUGCUCCGCCAAGAGGUUGUGGAGCUUAGUGCUUCUAUCAGCCAAGUUCUGGAUGAACCCGAGACAAGCUAUUUGGACGCACCGACACCACCUCUCCCUAAAGCCGCCUGGGCCUCCAAGGGUGAGCCCCAGAGGGCCCUGAGCCGGUCCUCCAUCUCUAAGAGUGUGUGCAUUUCAUGGCCGUACUCCAUCUACCCUCACUGUGACCUCAUCGGCCAACCAGUUCCUGAGGAGAAGCCUGUGGUAAUGGUUGACAAGGCUUCCUCAACGCCCAAGAAGAUGUCUUUCUGGAGGAGGCUUGUAUGUUGUUUUGGGAAGAGGAACAAGACUAGAUCCACUAAGAACAACAAGGUCAAGAAGAAGACCAAGGCAAAGGUGGAGAAGACCAAGGUCCAGGAGAAGACCAAGGUGGAGAAGGACACUGCCAUGACCAGGGGAUGUUUCUCCACGUAUUUCAACCUCAUAAAACUGCUCACAAAGUAAUACGACAAACGGGUGAAGAAGUCAACUAGGAUUUUUAUCGAAUUGUUUUUCCUAUAGAUUCAGCGGGAAAAACCUGGUUGCCUGAUCCAAAGACAAACACAUCCUUUCCAUCAGAAUAUCACGAAUGGGAGAGAUCAUAACAUACUUAUCAAGGCUGGGGUGGUUAAUGUUGUUAAUCAUGUUUUCAAUAAAGUUUUCUAAAUGA